AGAGAGGAAGAGGAGAAGGAACAAACUGUACAGAUCUUCAAAUCUUCUAGAGCGAGCGACGAUGAUGAAUGGCAACUGUUUAUUCUCAGCUUCUCCUCCUCCUUGUCACUUCCCUCUUCGCUCUAUACCGAGUGUUAUUCCUUCUGUUUAUCGCAGAACCGGAGUGUCCGAUGACGUCGCCGUCGAGUGUCGGAAUCUCUGUUUCUCCGCCACUACAAGACCGGGGAUCUCUGUCCCCAUUCUCCGUGACUGCUCCUUUCGGAUUCCUUCUGGACAGUUAUGGAUGCUUCUUGGUCCCAAUGGCUGUGGAAAAUCUACUCUUCUCAAGAUUUUAGCUGGUGUAGUGAAUCCAACAAGUGGCAAUAUCUUUGUCGAAAAGCCCAAGAAUUUUGUGUUUCAGAAUCCUGAUCAUCAGGUAGUGAUGCCUACUGUGGAAGCUGAUGUAGCGUUUGGUCUUGGCAAGUAUCCGGACAUGAGUCUAGAAGAAGUCAAGUCUAGGGUGAUUACAGCUUUGGAUGCUGUUGGUAUGCGUGAUUACAUGCAGAGACCGAUUCAAACUCUCAGCGGUGGUCAGAAACAAAGAGUGGCCAUUGCUGGUGCUUUAGCUGAAGCUUGCAAAGUUCUGCUGUUGGAUGAGCUCACUACCUUCCUAGAUGAGUCUGACCAGUUGGGUGUGAUCAAAGCUGUGAAAGAGUUAAUAAAUGCAAAGAAAGGAGGAGACGUGACUGCGUUGUGGGUGACACAUCGGUUAGAGGAGCUGGAGUAUGCGGAUGGAGCUGUCUAUAUGGAGAAUGGGAGAGUGGUCAGGCAUGGUGAUGCAGCCACCGUACUAGAUUUCAUUAAGGCCAAACAAUCCUCUUACAUUGAUCAAAUCGGUUUUUAAUUGUCACCGAUUUGCCACUCUCAGUGUUUUUCCAGAGACUGGUUCAAACUCUCAGUUGUAGCAUAUAUAGAGGUUUGUAGAGGCAAUGAAAGCUGGAGAUUUACUAAGCUUUUGUAAAAGACUGUGAUGUACUUCUGCAGACGGUAUAAGCUUAUUCUAAUCAACAGAGCAAAGUUGAUCAGUGAACA